AUCUGGCCGUUCACUUAUCCCUGAGCGUUUCAUCUACCAAAGUCUCAGUUGUUUCUGGAAUCGAGCAAGCGGUUCAACGCAACUGGCUCCCUAAACUUCAACACUCUUUCUUCUUAAUCCGAACAAGCGCAAAUUCGCACACCUGUCAAUAUGUCUGACUGGGACUCCGUCACCGUUAUUGGCAGCAAGCACCGUGGCGGCGGUGCUCCUCGCGAAACCGUUGUCAAGGGCCGCUCAGCCCUCAACGCCGCCGCCAGAGCCGGAGCGAUCAUCGGCACCGAAAAAAAGUACUCCACGGGUAAUGCUUCCUCGCGCCCCGCCGUCGAAGGCCAGCAUCUCACCAAAGUCGACCGCUCCGACGACAUCGUCAAGCCCAAGACCGUUGGUCUUGAGGUCGGCGAUGCCAUCAAACGCCGCCGUAACGAGGAGAAGUACAAGAUGUCCCAGAAGGAGCUCGCCACCAAGUGCAACACGACCGUCAGCGUGGUGCAGGACUUUGAGCGCGGCACCGCAGCUCCAGAUCAGAAGGUUCUUUCGGCCAUGGAGAGAGUGCUCAAUGUCAAAUUGCGGGGGUCGGAUAUCGGGAAAGAAAAAUUUCCGGCGAAGAAGAAGUAGAUAAAUUUUUCUUGUUUAAUUGCUCUCCUCACUAGCCCUUCCUCCCAUUGUUUUCGAUUUUGGGGUUGGGUUCUUUGGGAGGAGUGAUUGAACUUUUGGAAUUGCGUAACUUCUUCUUCGCCGGGAAAUAGUUUCCCUUUGUAUCUCGGGUUUCUUCUCCUGUAUCCGACUUUGACGAUUUUUGCAUGGUCCAACUAUUUUUUUUCAGCGAUUACUGUUUACCUGCUUUUGACAGAUUUUCGCUCACUAGAUUUGUGGCCUUUUUUUUUUUUUUUUUAAUGCCAAACGAAUCACGACUGUUUAGACUGGCUGCGUGCUUUCUUUUUUGUUUGAACUUGUUGCAUUUUGAGGUUCGACCCGGCGAUUCAAAAAAAAAAGAACCAAAACACAAACUAAAGAAGC